UCCAUCUUGUCUCUCUGACAGGUCCUGUUACCAAUGCCGCUAUCAUCCCAGCACCUGCCAACAUGUUCCUUGCUGACAGUCAUCCAGCCGUCCCACUGCCACGGUUCAGUCGCCACCUGAACCCCUCCGAGCAGGGUGACGGCACGAGCUCUGGAGGCAUGUGUCUGAGACUGGGAGCCAACACACAGGAGCCGGAGGGGACGUAUUUGGAGAAGGCAGAUGAGCUCUACUCUCUGAUGUGUGCUGUCACAGACAAGAGUGUGUUUGGUGAUGGGGAGAACACUAAGGUACGAGUGUCUGAACUGGAGGAGGAGGUGAAGACCCUGAAGAAGAUCAAUAAAGAUCUGUAUGAGUUCUCCACUCAACUCCUGACCAAACCCAACUAGAAGAGCUUUCAGAAGUCCUCUGUCGGAACAGUCGGAUCAGUACGAGAACAACGGGAGAGAGAAAUGCAUAAAAUGGACUGAAAAGUACCAACUAUUCUUUCCUGCCCUAGUUUUGUGUCUUAAGGGCAGGUUUUUUUUAAGAUCCAUCUCAACACAAGCUCAAGGACCGGAGGUAUAUUUGUAGUAUGUGCUGCCAUUUACUUUUUUUUUUUAAUUAGUACUGUUAUUGUAGUCCUAAACUUUAAGUAUUUGCUGUUUAUGUUACAACAUUUUUUCUGUACACUUUAUUAAAAAGAAAAGAUUCCAAAAAAUAAAUAAAUAAAUCACCAGUGUGACCUUUGAAUCAUUUUU